AUGGAUGAAUCGAAAAUAGAUAACUUCCAAAAUUCUUCAUCCUCACUGUUCGAUGUCCAUUUCUUUGAAAAAGCAACUGAGAAAUCAUCUAAGUUUUUGAACAACAUUUGGAUAAAGAGUCCACAUGAAGAAAAGGUUGACAUUGACAAUGAAGACGAGAUAGUGAAUAAUUUAGAGGAAGGCGAAUUCUUAGAAGGAGAAAAUGAUUUCCAAAACGAGCACCUUGGACUUAAAGAUUCACUCACUUCAUACGAUUCUCCGAAAGAGGAUGCAGAGUUUACUGACGAUGACAGCGAUGCUACAGACUACUUUGAUAGUGAUGACGAAUAUCAGUUGUCUUGUAAUAGACGUCUGAUGAAGGACACCAAUAGUCUAUAUGCUUAUGAAAAUUUUGACCACUACAGUACAUCACAUGCCGAAGGCAGAUACAGCCAAGGUGUGGAACAGUACAUGAAUAUGCCAAUUUUCAUGAGAUCAAUCCGAAAAUUUGCCAAUGAUAAUAAUUUUGAGAUUUGGAAUGGAAAAGCCGAUGGCAGUUGUAUGUUCCGCUCACUUGCUGACCAGCUAGCAAUCAACGGUCACUUUGGCCACACUGCGGAAAGCCUUAGACACACGGCUGUAAGAUAUCUUAGUGAGCAUCCUCUGCAGGACGAUGGUUGUCCAAAAGAGUCAUUCCUAAAUACCGAAACUAUGGUGGAAUAUCUGACAAGAAUGUCAAACCCGACUGAAUGGAGCGACCACAUUAUGUUAAAGGCUACUGUUGAUGCUCUUCAUCUAGAGGCUGUUGUGUUUAAUAUUUACAAAGAUGAUAUUCAACGCACGGAAAUAAAAUCAUCAAGAAAAGAUAUUCCUUUUAGACAAUUAACUGUUUACCUUGGUCAUCUAGGAGAAUUUCAUUAUGUCAGUCUUCGACCACAAAAAUGGCUGGAAAUAUGGCCAUUCAGAGCACUUCUUCAACGAUCACUUUUCCAUGCCGACCAGACUACGCCGAAGAACCUUUCAGAGGAAAAAAUGAAAUGGUUGAAGAAUGCAAAAAUAAAGGACAUUAUUCAGGACACUGGAUUAGAAGAGUUGUUGAAGGAAAUAUCUCUUGGGACAGAACAGAUGAAUGGAGAAGGGAAAGGGAAUUCAAAACCGCCUAUCCAAGUGGAAGGCACUUAUUUUUCCUUAUUCAACUCGUAUGGUUUAGAUGAAUUGCAAAGCGGAGAAACAAAUGAUUCAUUUGCCUGUCUUAUUGAAGACCCAUUAUAUGUUGACGGCUUGACUGGAAUACCACUUUCACAUCUAGGGAUCAUCAUAAGAUAUACCUUCCCUAAGGAAAUCAUUAUAAGAUGUUCAACAUUAAGUAAUCCUAUCAAGAUUAACAAACAGAUGUUUCAGUUUAUUGGAACCUUUGCAACUGGCAAUAAUGUGGCUUUAAAAGAUCUGUCACUGGAAAGAAAAAAAUAUUUUCAUCAAUUGAAAGCUAUGAACAUAUAUCCCUCUGUUGUUGCAGUGCGCUUUGAUAAGUUUAUAAAGUUCGGAGCUGCUGGACCUAGUCAAAGUGAUUCAAAAUUGAUUUUGUAUGCAGACUGUAGUACUACUCAUCCAGGCUACUGCUGGUUGAGGUCUGCUGAGACACCAUCUUCUUUUGCUACCAAAAGAGUUAAAGAACUCAACGACGGAUUGUUUCUUACAAAGCAAGAUUUGCCAAAAGAAACGAUACUUCCUCCAAAUACACGGAAAUGCUGUGUUGGGUUUGUUUGUAAAAUAUUCCCUGUUGUCGCAAAGGAAUGGAUUCAGCGCAAGCGCAAAUUCAAUUGGCCACCUUUCUUCAUCAUUGAUGAAAUUUUAAGCAUUGGGAGUUGUACUUUGAUUCCAAAGUGUCAUCCUAAAAGUGAUCAUCCUGAUAUAGAAUGGAAAUUAGAUUUUUCAAUGGCAAAUACCAUAAUUUUUUCAAAAGCACUUAGUACUUUCCAGAUUUAUGGCUUUAAUAUUUUGAAAAUUGUUGUGCAAGAGGUUUUGAUCCACCAACCAAAAGGUUUAAAAAAUAAACACAUCCUGUCAAUUUUUCUGCGUGCCUGUGAAGAAAUCCCACAAGAAAAAUGGGAGUCUAACCUUGGUGGAUGCAUAUUGUACUCAUGGUCAUUGCUGAUUAGGUAUUUGAAAAGAAAAUUCCUUCCACAUUAUUACAUAUCAUCAAACAAUACCAUAGAUUAUUAUUCUGAUGAAGAUAUCGAGACAAUAUGUGUAUACAUGGAAGCUAUUCGUUUUUUUCCAGCGAUUGCAAUUAGUUUUAUUGCCGAAAGACAUGGCUACGGCUUUAGUUGGAACUUGAAUAAACAUGUUUUAAGCAAUUGCAAUGAAUUUGCGAUUUCUAGGGACCUACAAAAUGAAUAUCAGAGAAGUUUUACUUCUGCAGCUCUGCGAGUAUCAAAAUUCUUUUCACGUUUGGGAUAUUACAAAUCAGCAUUCCGAAUGAUAAGAGAAGUUUACGAGGAAACUCUGCUCCUUCCUCUUGUAAAGAGAGAAAAGCAUAUCAUUAGACCAAGUUUUUCUGAAUUUUUUAUCAAGGCAUUAAAAGAAUUCAAGCAAACAGUUUCAAGGGGAAUACUGCUUCGGUUGUUUGACAUGGAAUACGAAACCGACAUAUUGACUCGACAUUCGAAAAAGAGUUGCAAGACAAUUGGUGAUGUGAUUCCAUGGAAAGUUGACUUCAAGCUAUCUUGGAUUGGAAUACCACUAGAAUGUACGAGAGAUUUUUCCUCAAUAGCUUCAUUUCUCUACGAUCUAAGUUUUUCUCAGUACAGGAAGGAAAAUAUUUCUGUAGCCACUCUUGCAAUCGAUACCGCCAUUCUGUGCCUCUGUCGCGCAAUUUCUACAGAAUCGCUUGACAUUGCAGAAGUUGAGGACACGAAACUACAGAUGGAAAUAAUGACUCAGCAGAAAACAAUGAAACAGAAUCUUAAGUCUACAUUAUUUAAUUAUUAUAUUCAUGUUUACAACAUUUCCACAAUGAAUGGUACCAUGAAUCCAAUAUUUCCAUACAUGACCGCCAUUGAAGAACUUUCGAAGGAAUUUCCAGAAAUGUAUGAAGUAGUUGCCGAUAUGUUUUUUUAUGUAGGAAAGCAUGACAAAGGGCGUGAGUAUCAAAGAAAAUUCGAUGAGCAUUUUUCAGGAAAAACUGUAGAUUCACUAAAAUUUCACUGAAUGAACCUUGUUAACAAGAAAU